CAGAAGGAUUUCAAUAUUGACGUGCAUUUAUUUGACGCUCUCGCGAAGCGAGUGGCGUUACCGCGACGGAGAAUCGACCUUUGGAGAGAAACGCGGCUUAUUCAGCGAGAUCCAUCCGACGAGGAACCAUGUCGGACGCGAUGGUGGACGAACGAGUUACUGAUGAGAUUGAGGCAUUGAAAGCAAUCCUACUGGACAAUGAACUCAACAUUAAGGAAAAUGAUAGAGGAGAACCAGAGUGUAUUGAAACGAUACUGUUUCCAUCCACCGGUGAGGAUUCGCAAUCUCAAUAUGUUUGUGUUACUUUGAUCGUUCGAUUACCCUCGGGCUACCCGGAUAUCUCGCCAGUUAUCAAUCUGAGAAAUCCCAGAGGAUUGGACGAGGACACAGUGAAGCUGAUGCAAUCCGACGCGGAGGCCAAGUGCAAAGACUUCAUAGGUCAGCCAGUCAUGUUCGAGUUAAUUGAGUUAAUACGAGAACACUUAACAAGGAGCAAUCUUCCCACCGAUCAGUGCGCUGUUUGCUUGUAUGGCUUCCGGGAGGGAGAUGAAUUUACAAAAACGGAAUGCUAUCAUUACUUUCAUUCGCACUGUCUGGCAGCGCACGUUGCUGCCGCCGAGAGAUAUUAUAGAGAAGAACAGGAAAAGUUACCACAGUGGCAGCAAGAUACCACAAAUAAAUUUCAAGCUAUAUGCCCAGUUUGCCGGGAAUCGAUCAAUUGUGAUGUCGAGAGCUUAUGGUCGGCUCCGCCGCCAAUCGAUGUUGAAGCAGCUACCGAUUUCUCCGUUACCGCCGAGUUGAGGGAACUCCAGAAACAGAUGGCCGCUUUGUAUCUACGGCAGCAGCAACGCGGUGGUAUAAUCGAUCUUGAAGCCGAGGGUGUCAAGAUGCUGGUAAGAACGGAGGACGAUCCCGCAGCUACUACGGAAGAAGUCAGUCCUCCUGGCACGAGUUUGACCGCAUAUUCAAAUACCACCUCUGUGCAAUCUGUUACUCAGGUGCACUCAAAGCAGUCGACGCACCAGACCCAGAACAAUCAUAACUCGCAAUAUCAACCGCGUCAGAUGCAACAUAAUCACGGCCACAACAAUCAUAAUCACGGUCACCGUCAUCGAGGUCGCGGUCGGGCCCAUUACCGGCGCCACUUUGACAGAGUUAGACAAGCGGAAUCUACUCCCAGAUGACAAUGGGCUCGUGACAAGGUCGCCACUCAAGUCUGGUCUGAUCCCUUCUUCGAUCUUUCGCUAAGUGUAUACAAUAUUCUGAUUAGCAUUAGUAGCAUAAUAUACGUCAGUGUAAUAUACGGUGAUAGUCUAUUCUCGAAUAGUCUCACCGCGAUAAUAAACUUAUAGGUGUCGUUGUUUGACGGCAGCAUCCCCACCGUCGUCGCCGCCAACGUCGCGGCGGCGACGAGAUGCGUCGCGACUUUCCGUCUGGACUGUCUACGUAGAUCGAGGCCGUGGUGCUCUUUCUUCCGCGAACGAUUCGCGACCGUACAAAGUAGUUGAUAUCGUUUCGCCUUAGUUCCUCUUACUUUUAUUUCUUUAUUUUUUAGUUUAUGCGGAAUUUCGUGACAUUCGAGAAACCAUCGGUCCUCUUCUCGUUUCUCGCAAAACGAUGUUAAAUGAAGCAAGAUUUUGAAUGUUAAAUAUCACAAACGAUACGAACAGCCUUUUCUUCGACAUUUAAAAAGCUCGCGUCUACAGAGUAUUUACAUUACA